UUUGAACGCAACGGUUUUGUUGUUUUGUGCAUUUUAUUAAGAAUCUACUGAUAAUUGCCCACCAUGUCGGACACCUCGGUGUUGGACGUGACAACAACAACAGACCCCUGUUUAUCAAUGAACUUGGGGGGACACAAGAAAGCGAUCACGGACAUUUCCUUCAGUCCCGACAACGAACAGUUCGCCAGCAGCAGCGAAGACCACUCGAUAAUGGUAUGGAACAAUUCGCAGAAUUCGCGCAGUUAUCAGUUUGUCGGGCACUCGGACGUCGUUACGAGUGUAGAUUUCUCCAGCAACGGCAACUUUCUAGCUUCCAGCUCCAAGGAUCACACAGUAAGGAUUUGGGUGCCCACAAUAAGAGGAGGCAGUACGGAAUUCAAAGCGCAUACGUCGGCAGUGAAUAGUGUAUGUUUCAACGCCGAUAACUCCAAGUUAAUCACUGGGUCUAACGAUAAGUCAGUGAAACUAUGGGAUGCCUGCAAGAAACAGUUCAUUGCGAGCUUUCUGGGCCACAACAACUGGGUAAGAUGUGCCAGGAUGUCACCUCACGGCGACAUGAUUGUGUCUUGUUCAGACGAUCGAACUGUGAGAAUAUGGAGUGUCGAUUCCGGACAACAAAUACACGUUUUCAGGAGUGCCAGCAGCAGCCCAAACUAUUUAUCGCUGCACCAAAAUAACAAUUCCAUUGCAGUCGCCAUGAACUCGGGCUCCGUCAGGGUGUACGACAUAAGAAACAAGAAACUACAACAGCACUACACUUUGCACGAUGACACGACUUGCGUGUCGUGGCACCCAUGUGCGAAUUACUUGCUUAGCAGCGGGAGGGAUGGAAAGUUGAAGAUCGUGGACGUGAUGGAAGGGAGGCCGUUGUAUACUCUUAGCGGACACAGCGAUGCCAUCUUUAGCUGUAAAUUCAGUGCGGACGGAGAGUAUUUUGCCUCCGGUGGGGCCGAUAAGCGUAUUAUGGUGUGGAAAACAAACUUUUUAAUGAACGAAAACUAAAGUAGGGGCUGCAUUUGCCGUUUUAUAGAAGAGGGGCUAUAUAAUGUUUAUAUAACGGGUAUCCCAGGAAGACCCAAACCCCUGAAAUUUUCUUUUUUUUAUUCCUUGAAUUGAUAAAUACAGGAGAAAGCUAUACUCGGUGCGCACUUGGUGCAGAAGUGUAGAUAAGUUGAAAACGCUGUAAGUACGUGUUUUAUAUAAAAUCACAUAAAGAACGUCAAUGUUUAAUUGCCCUUGAGAUUUCAGUUUGAUAAUUUACCUUUAGGCGUUUUCCAGUGAAAAUUUUUAAACCAAAACUGCAUUACAAUUUAAAAAAUUUAUUAUGUAACUUGUUAUUUCCGAAUAGUCUCCCCCAUUUCUAUUUUUUGUUAUAAACUCUGACUCGUUAUCAAUUUUUUUUUUAUUCUGUAAUCUUUUUAAACUAGAAUAUACAAUAUUUCGUUAAUAUCUUUUAUACU